UUAGUAAGCUUAUUAAAUAGUUUUAAUAUGAAGACCAAGUGAAAAUGAAUUUUAUGGUAAAAUGAAUGAAAUUCGGAAACCAGGUGGUCUGGUUCAAAGAUGUGUUGUAAUACAUAGAGAUGAAAAUGGAUAUGGUUUAACAGUUAGUGGUGAUAAUCCAGUAUACGUUCAGUCCAUUAAAGAAAAUGGAGCUGCUGCUAAUGCUGGGGUGCAAGUGGAUGACCAAAUAAUAAAGGUAAAUGGUAUGGUUGUAUCACAGUCAAAUCAUCUUGAAGUUGUUAGCUUAAUUAGAAGUGGAUCAUUUGUUGCUCUUACUUUGCUUGGGAAAGAAAAUCCAUCUCCAAAAUCAGUUGAUCAAUCAAACAUUUCAAACCAUAGAAGAUCUGUUUCACUUGGGAAUAAUCUCUCAGCAUACACGAAUUCUGUCAAACCAAUAUCUGAGCGUGCGAGUGACAUUGAGCGCACUCUAAAUCAAGAGCGUGAAUAUCAAAAGAAAGUUUAUGAGGAGUACAUGAAAUCAAAGUCUCCAAAGUCUCAACAAGAGCUUGCAGACUGUGAAAUACGCAUAACUGCUUUAGAAAAUCAAUUCAAAGUACUUACAUCAAAUCAUAAGGCCAGCGUUAGUCAAACUGCACGUCAAGUAUUUCGUCCAGAUAAUCAAUCUUUAAGUCGUGUUUCUCCACAAACACGCCCCUAUUCUUCUAAUACUCAAAAGAUUGAUCCUAAUGUUGGUUCUACAGAUGUAAACAAAUUACAUCCGAGAGAAGAAACUGAAAAUCAAAACAUUCAGGAUCAGUGUUCAUCUAGAGUGAGUAGCCCUACGCCUAGUUUAAAGUUUUCUGCACCAUCACAUAUUAGGCAACUUGCUAAGCUUCAACCAUCAUUAAGCACUCCUACCUUUGAUACUAAAAUGUCUACAAUAACAAAACAGAAUGUUGUGGAUGAAUCGGAUGGGCUGCCUUUGCCAGCAAGAUUAAAUAAUACAACAACUUCACGCGAGCAAGAUAGUACAAUUUUUGAUUCAAUGUUUUUAGAAGUGCAGCAAAAAAAUCUUGCCGGCAUUCCAACUAAUUUAGCUGGCUCAGUUAUUUCUAUGGAAGACUAUGAGUUUGAUUUAGAAAAUGAAAACAUUAGGGACCAUGGUCCAUUUGUAGACUUGAAACUAUUAGCUACUCGACCAGCUCAUUUGGCUGUAUUUUUACAUUUUCUUAUGUCAAACAGUAACCCUAGUGCAUUAUUUUUUUGGUUAGUAUCUUCAAUAUUUAAAGAUGAAUCUGGUAGCAUCAAGGAUUUAAAGAGAUGGGCAUAUGAAAUAUAUUCAACAUUCAUUGCUCGAAAUGCACCAUUAAAAGUAGAUAUUGAUGAGCUUGAAGAAAUAGCUAUUGAAGACUCGCUUGAUAAUAAUAAAACCACAGAAGAUCGUUUACAUAGUAUUUUUGAUGUUGCAAGGGAAAUUGUUUUUUAUGAAGUUGGUGAUCAACUUGCAGAUUUUCGCAACAAAAGAGCCCUGGGUCUUGGUGGUUUAUUUGGUGAUCAUCAACUAGAAGAUGAUCUUCAUCUUGAUCGCAAUAAAGAGUUAAAAGUCAUUGAACAAACUCUCCUUCCUCAUUUAGAAACUCUGAUGGCAGAUGCAGAUUCAACUGAUGAACCACAGAAUGAUAGAAAUACUGCAAUGGCAUCUGCUUUAGCAACUUUCAUUAAACAGGCUGGGCUUACUCCUGGAAAGGUCUCAAGUGGUCGUGGAAGUGUUCUUGAACGUUGUCGUUGUUUCGCUGAAAAAGAGAAAACCUCAUUUGGUGUAUUUAAACCAAAGCGCAAAAGCCAUUCAGUUAAUGGUCAUCAGUUUGUUAGCAUGCAGUACACAAACUUGACACUUUGCGAUUACUGUGAUGGAUUACUUUGGGGUAUUGGAACUCAAGGAUACCAAUGUCAAGUUUGUGAAAUCAAUGUGCAUAAGCGAGUUUGUUUCAAGAGUCUUCCAGAUCAAUGUCCUGGUCUUGGACCAAAAUCAAAAAAACCUUCAAAGGAUUUUAAGAUUAAGCAGAACCUACCUUUACCUAUUAAGCCUUCUGGUUCUACUUUUACCUACCUAAAGCCUUCUGGUUAUGAUGAUACUACAGAUGUUAUUGGGGAGAAGGGACGUGCUAAUUCAUCUGCAAGUGAUCCAACUGAUGCAGUUCCUGAUGACAGUGUUGAUCAGCAUCUUGAUGUUGACAAGGAAAGACCAAGUACACCUCAAGAGGACUCUCAUUCUAAAAAGACAAAAUCCACUAGUUUGAUUGCCCCAAAGAAGCAAAAGCCAAUGGUUGGAGGAGGAACAUUACCUGGAAUGAAAAGUGAUACUUUCAAUGGUGGUUCAACACAAACCUCUAAUUUACGUCCUAUUCUUGGUUGUGAUUCACCGCCUCCAGAAAUUUCAGUGAAUUCAGAGGAAGAGUUAGACUCUGACUUAGAGGUGGAGGCUGAGACUCCAAACUGGCAAGAUUCAGCUGAUAAAAAGGUUUUAAAGAAACUCAAAGGAAAAGAGAUCAAGCGACAGGAAGUUAUUCAUGAGUUAAUUCAUACAGAAAAGACACAUGUUCGCAACCUAAAAGUGCUAUUUAAAGUUUUUUAUAAGCCAUUGAUGAAAAAUAAUAUUCUUAAUGAAAGCCAAGUAAAAGAUAUUUUUCCAAAUCUUGAAGAACUUCUUGACAUUCAUGUGUCAUUGUUAAAAGCCAUGAAAGAGAGAUCUAAAAAUGAAGUUAUUGAGGUUAUAGGUGAUAUUAUGCUAGAAAAGUUUGAUGGUGAAGCUGGUCGACAUGCUAUAGAGGCAUAUGGUAAAUUUUUUCGCGGACAAAAGUGUGCCUUAGAAAGACUAAAAAAACUAAAAGAAACAAAAAGAGAACUUUUUACCUUUAUGACAAAACAAGAAACUCACAGAUGGUGUCGUCGUCUAAAAUUUACUGAUAUUCUGGCAUCUACUCAUCAGCGACUAUCUAAAUAUCAUCUUUUACUAGCAAGUAUACUCAAAGUAACACCUACUUCACAUCCAGAUUAUAAACCAGUAGAAAAGUGUUAUGAUUGUUGUGUUCAUUUACUAAAUACUGUUAACGCUGAAAUGAAAGAAGCAGAGAAUAAUCUCAGACUUGAAGAACUUGCAAAAAAAAUAGAAGAUACUCGGAAACUUGACAACGCGCACCAAGCUGAUAUGAAAUUAGAUUUCACUUCUCGCAAGCUUGUACAUGAAGGAGAUAUGUUAUGGAGGAUUAACCCCAAUAAAAUAAUAAGUAUACAUGCCGUUUUACUAAAUGAUAUGCUAGUGAUACUUAAAAAAGAAGAUGAAAAAUACAUUUUGAAAAUGCAUAGUGCUGUUCACAGUUCGCUUGUAAAACUUACUAAUAUAAUCAUUAGAGAUGUUGCAACUGAUAUUAAAGCAUUCUAUUUAAUAAAAACAACAACUGAUUCAAAUAAUAAACAACUGAAUAACUCAGCAAACCUUUAUGAGUUUGUGGCUCAUUCAACUCAAGCCAAAAAAAAGUGGGUAGAUAACAUCUUCGACACUACAAAACUUGACCAGUAUGCUAAUUUUCCUCGACGUAAUGGACUUGCAUCUGUUAGUCCAACAUCUCCACCAGUAGCAGAAGAAGACAUUCAUAAAAAAACCCCAGCUAACAGUGAAACAACAACUCUUCAGAUCAGUCCACCUGCAAGUCCUAUUUUGAAUUCAGUUAUUGAAAAAAGAGUUUUACCUUCAAAAGAACGAGCUGAAGAACUUACUCGUGAGCUAUCAGUGAAAGAUGAAGAGAUUAAAAGGAUUCUACAAGAGAAACGCUGUAUCAUAAAAGAGCUUAUGGGUGAGAAGAUUGGAAAUCAGUCAAAUUAUGAGUUUCCUAGUGAUUCUCGGGAAUUGGUACUUGCUGCAAUGAAUCAAGCCAAUCACCUUACAGCCUUAGUAAAUGAAAUACUAUCUCUUAGUAAAGAAAUAUCAGCAAGCCAGCAGGCAAAUGUAUCUGUGUCAGUUUACGCACUUCAUGAAAUACUAUCAUCUUUGCUUAUUCAAACAGCUGAAACUUGUGGUAAUCAAUUGGAAUCAAAAUCGUUUGUUGAAGAAAGUGAAAAUUUUUAUGAAAACACUAAUAAAUCACUUGAUUUAAAUGAAGAUAAAAAACAUUACAAUAGUUUAGCAAGCGCAUCGUACUCAGAUGUUAGAAAGUCAUCGAAUCAAGUCAUUCAUUCUACUUUUCAGUCAAACAGUUUAGGUGACAUAAAAGAAGAAUCCGCACCUUUGACGUUAAGUCCAUUUAAGAUCUCAAGUAAGCCAUCAACCGCUGAUAAAACUAUACCUUUAGACGCAGAGAUAUCACGUGGUAAUACGAUAUAAUAAUUCAUAGAUACCAUAUUUCUCAACGAUAUAUUAAAUAAAGCGAUUAUCAUGUCGUCAAUUUCAAACUUGUUGUGAAAAGAUUCGCACAAAUAAGAUGUAAAUAUCGAUAUGCGUAUUACUUCACCGAGUGGGCAUAUUACACUCUGAAAAUAUGCAUAUAAGUAUUUUUUGGCUUUAUACUGUUAAUUUAUUUGUUGCCACAUUUACAACAUGGAUUUUUUACAACCAAAGGAGUAUUUAAAGAAAUAUCGUUUGUUUCGAAACUUUUUAAAUUUUUGCAUAUAAAUGAUUUUUUUAUCAAAUGUAUUAUAGCACGUGUUUUUGUGGAAGAGUAUUGCCAUUCGUUAUUUUUAUUAUGAUUAUUUCUAUGA